UGUUGUAGCGGCCUUCUGUGUUUCCUUUUCCGGCGGGUGAGCUGCAGUGGAGCGGGCGCGUGCAAGUAAAGAACAGUGAAUAAACCGGUUUUCAUUGGAAUAAAGUGGUUUCAUCAGCGGAUAAUCCGGAUUAAAGAAAGGAGAGAUGGCGUUUGAACAGAUGAGAGCGAAUGUGGGGAAAUUGCUGCGCGGGAUAGACCGGUAUAAUCCGGAGAAUCUGGCGACGCUGGAGCGAUACGUGGAGACGCAGGCGCGAGAGAACGCCUACGACCUGGAGGCAAACCUCGCUGUCCUCAAACUGUAUCAGUUUAAUCCGGCGUAUUUCCAGACGAGUGUAACGGCUCAGAUUCUGCUGAAAGCUCUGACGAAUCUCCCGCACACGGACUUCACCCUCUGCAAGUGUAUGAUCGACCAACCACACCAGCAGGAGGAGCGACCAAUCAGACAGAUCCUUUACCUCGGGAACCUGCUGGAGACCUGCCACUUCCAGAGCUUCUGGACGAGUCUGGAGGAGAACCGGGAGCUGAUUGAUGGAAUCGCAGGGUUUGAGGAUUCUGUUAGAAAAUUUAUCUGCCAUGUUGUUGGAAUCACGUAUCAGACGAUUGAGCACCGGCUGCUGGCGGAGAUGUUGGGGGAUCCGCUGGACACUCAGGUGAAGGUGUGGAUGAAUAAGUACGGAUGGACGGAGAAUGAAGAAGGGCAGAUCUUUAUAUUUAAUCAGGAGGAAAGCGUCAAACCCAAAAACAUCGUAGAGAAGAUCGACUUUGAGAGCGUGUCCAGCAUCAUGGCUACAUCACAAUGAACACACACACACACACACUGACCUGUUAACACACGGACCGGUGCCCGGGACUGGAGUUCUGGUGGUGGGCGGAGCUCUGAGGACUUUUAUAUUAAACUCUGUUCUGUUGCUCGGAUACGGAUUUACAAUAAACAUUAUAAACACA